UCGUUUCACCACCUCAUACUCGGGUUUGUUUACUUAGGCGUUGGAAGAGGGGUUGGACCAACUGAGGUAAAGCUCGGGGUUGUAGUGCUUAACCACAUCCUUCGGUCCCAGGCACAUUCUUUAUGUUUACGUAUUUCUACAAGGUUUCUGCUAAUAACGUCCCCCCCUUCACUUUAUGGAAUGCCGCCCAUAUGCAGCCCCGGGCCAGGCCAGCUCGAAAGGCACGUUCCGAACACUGAAAGCCGUGCGUCACUGUUGUUCCGAAAACAAAUAGCAGAGGCUUACAGUCGCGGCCUGAGUUUUGUUACAGGCGGCUUUUAUCUACCCAUUAACAGCGCUUGUCAUCGUUUCGAACUCUUGAAAUAUUAAGUGGUUUCACUUUCUGUUUUCCUGAAGUGAAAAUAAGCCGGAAAAUGGAGGCAGAGGGCGAAACGAAGAUCUGCGAAAACUGUAAAAAGGAGGUAGCAGUAGCCAAUUUCUCCCUCCAUAUUGUACAUUGCCACCGCUUCCUGUCCAUUUGCCCACUUUGUGAUGAAUCUGUUCCAAGUGACCAACUGGAGGAACAUCGGGACAGAGAGCACCGGAAGGUUCCGUGCAUACAAUGCAGAAAGAAAAUUGAGAACUGCAAACUUGAAAUUCAUAAGCUGGAAGAGUGUCUACAGAGGAUGAACAUUUGCCCAUUUUGUGAUUUAGAGAUGCCAUUCUGUAAGCUCCCUGAACACAAAGCAGCCUGUGGAAGCCGGACACAGUUGUGCCCCGACUGCAACAAAUACAUAAAACUUGUUGAUGAGGAGAAGCACUAUGAUGAUUGUCCUGCCAAGCAACAGGACAUAGACCAGGAGGAGAAUGAGGAUGUUAAGGAACAAGAUGCUAACACGGGCGUGUAUAGUUUUGCAGAUCGAGGCUCAGGUCUAGAACACUCCUGCUGGUACUGUAUGAAAUCCAUCCCUGCCGCUGAGAUCAAGAAGCAUGAGAGGGACUGCCGUACAUUCUGUAGUCCAAGUGCUGGUAUGUUUGAUGACCCUAGGCCUCAUUUUGGGGUACACCGAUCAACAAAAUCACCCCAUUUCCUUCCCUGGAGUCAUGAGGGGUUAGGAAUGCAUGAAAAUGAUAAUUCAGAUGAGAUCAGAACUUGUGUAAAUUGCCAUCUUGCCCUGCCCACUGAAACACUCAAGUGGCAUGAGGCUAAAUGCUUACGCUAUCAAGGACAAAAUAAUCUAGAGCCACAUGGGGCACAAGGUGAUGAGAAGAGAUCUCUUGAGGAAACAAUUUAAGAUGACCUCCUUCCUCCAUUGAUGGGUGUGGGAAAUGUUCAGGAGACUCAUGAUGUUCAACCUGUUUUCAUUACUGGGACAUUCACAGCUAAGGAUGAUCUCCUUUGUCACACUGUGAUGCAGCACAAGCAUGAGUCUCUGUAAAUACAGAACUGCAAACUGCACUUGUGCUCAAACAGUUGAAUCUGAUGGGAGUAUACAGUCUUUUUUUCUGUAUAUACAUUUUCUAAAAAUGUAAUUUGAAUGGUAAAAGAAUGAAGUGGUAAAAGUACAGCUUUACAUUAUGUGGGAGUGGGAACUGUCUGUUAGCUUUGGAUGGGUCAGAUCAAAAAUCGUACUGAACAUCAGCAUCUGUGCCUGACAGUGUCAAACAGUAUUAAAAGAACACCCGAAACAUUCACCAUGGGAGAAAGCUGGUACGCCUAGAUCAUAACACACAGAACUUUACAAGACAGACAUAUUCUUCACCUCUUGGUUGCAAAGUAGCUUGUGUAAGUGAAACUAAAGCAUAUUUCCAUUAUGUACAGCUUUCAACGUAAAAUGAGUAUUUGUCGUUAUAACAUAUAUUACCUUGUUAGCAAAUGAAAGAAUCUACAUAAGCAACAGAAUCAUUGCAUUUGGGCAUGUUGAGUUCACACACCUUUUUCAAUGCUGGUUGGUAUGGUUCUGUUUCCAAGCACGGAAGUAAACAUGAUUUCCGAACAGCCAGCCCCACCUCAACUUCACAAUCAGCAAGCCUGUCAAAAGGUGAUCAGAUGUAUAAAAGGAACUAAUACUCAAAAAUUUAAAAAAUUGACAAUUUCUGAGUUUGUGCUUGGCAAUGCUGUGGCUAUCACUGCUGCUUUAUGGCUCCCAGGAUUUGAAUUUGAUUAUUGAUUACAUUUGUGUGAAGUCUGCAAAAUCUCCCAACAUUCCAGUGGGGUUUCACCAGAGUUGAGUUUUUCCUUCUGUAUCCAUAGAAAUGUACACUCAAUUCACCUUAAAUGCUGAUUUUAAAGUGGCCUUGCAUGGAUGUGUGGACAGCAAUGGUUGAUCUGUACCUUGCAUGUAAUGCUUCCCUUCAUAACGGUAUGAAAGAUGCAGAGAAACCCAGACUCUGUCUAAUUUGAUAAAGGAGGUGAUUGUGAUGAUUCACGUCAACUGUGAGGCAGUAGCACUACGCACUGUUUCUAUGUUUUCCCGUGCCAGGUACCUAACAAAAAAAUCUUCAAUGGACUGUGUAUUUAAACAUUUGUAACAAAUGUCUUGUCUUUUCUGAAUCCAACUUAAUUACAAAAUGUACAACCUGUUUAAGAAGCACAAAAAAAAAUCGUAAUUGUGAUUUACAUGAUUUUAAUUAAUUUGUGAUUUGUUAGUUUUCCUCUCUGGUACUCUUUUCAAUAUCUUUCAAUCAUUCAACAUGGUAAUAAUAAUCAUUUUCAAUUAAA